GAGGGCGACCAACCAAGGACUGGGGGAAGGGUAGGGCGAGCUCGGCUGAGCCAGAAGGAAGGCCGGCCCAGCCGAGGAAGGAGAUCGCGGGCCCAGGGCUCGCUGCAGGGCCGGGCAGGGGAGACAGAGAAGGGGGCUCGGGCCCCAGCCCCGGCCCGGACAUGGGGUCAGCGAACCCCGCGGCCCGUGGGCUCGGACGCCGCCUCGGUUCGCUGCUGUUGCUGCCGCUUUUGCUACUGCUGCUGCUGCUCCCAGCGCCCGGGAGCUCAUCCAGGGGGACGCCUAGCCCCAGGGAGAUCGCGGGGGUCCCCCAAGUGGCUGGGCUCUGCGGGCGGCUGACCCUGCACAGAGACCUGCGCACAGGCCGCUGGGAACCUGACCCCCAGCACUCACGCCGCUGCCUCCGAGACCCGCAGCACGUGCUGGCUUAUUGCAGACAGGUGUACCCCGACCUCCAGAUCGGCCGCGUGGAGGAAGCCUCACGACCCAUCCCAAUGGAGCGCUGGUGUGGGGGUGCCCGCGGGACCAGAUGCCCCCACCACGUGGUGAUCCCCUAUCACUGCCUGCCCGGUGAGUUUGUGAGUGAGGCCCUCUUGGUUCCUGAGGGGUGCAAGUUCCUGCACCAGGAGAGGAUGGAUGAGUGUGAAGGCUCAGCCUACAGGCACCGUCAGGCUCAAGAGGCUUGCCACUCGGAGGGCCUGGUUCUUCACGGCUCCGGGAUGCUCCUCCCAUGUGGAACAGAUCGAUUUCGGGGUGUGGAGUACGUAUGCUGCCCGGCUCCAGGCACCUCCACGCCUCCGCGGACCCCCCACAGUGACGCUCCCACCCAGCCACAGUCCCCUGGGGGGGAGGAGGAAGAGGAGGAGGAAGAGGAGUCCUUUCCUCAGACGGUGGAUGACUAUUUUGUGGAGCCCCCCGGGGAGGAUGAAGAAGACGGGGAGGGAGAAGCCAGGAGGCUCCAGCACCCCAGCACCCAACCCCCUUCCAGGGCCAGCAAAGGGAGCCCGACGGCCCGGCCCACCGACGGUGUGGAUGUGUACUUUGGGAUGCCGGGAGAGGGUGGCGAGCACGCGGGCUUCCUGAGGGCUAAGAUGGAUCUGGAGGAAAGGCGGAUGCGGCAGAUUAACGAGGUCAUGCGGGAAUGGGCCGAGGCCGACAAUCAAGCCAGGAACCUCCCUAAGACCGACCGGCAAGCUCUGAACGAGCACUUCCAGUCCAUCCUGCAGACGUUGGAGGAGCAGGUCUCCGGGGAGCGGCAGCGGCUGGUGGAGACCCACGCUGCCCGAGUCAUUGCCCUCAUCAACGACCAGCGCCGAGCGGCCCUAGAAGGCUUCCUGGCAGCUCUUCAGGGGGACGAGCCCCAGGCAGAGCGAGUGCUCCAGGCCCUGAAACGGUACCUGCGGGCCGAGCAGAAGGAACAAAGACACACCAUCCGCCACUACCAGCAUGUGGCCGCCGUGGACCCGGAGAAGGCAGAGCAGAUGCGCUUCCAGGUUCAGACCCACCUCCAGGUGAUCGAGGAACGCAUGAAUCAGAGCCUGGGGCUGCUUGAGCAGAACCCGCACCUGGCCCGGGAGCUUCAGCCCCAAAUCCAGGAGCUGCUCCGGGCUGAGCAUCUGGGUCCGGGGGAGCUGGAGGCGCCCGCCCCAGGGGGCAGCAGUGAGGAUGGGGGUGCCCCCCUGCCCCCCGCCACGGAAGAAGACAUGGGUGCAACAAUGCCUCUUAAAGGCUUCACUGAAGGGGAUGGAGCUGAGCGACUUCCAGAGCACAAGGUGAACGUCUCCAUCCCCCGGGGCCUCCCGUUCCGCUCCCCGGAGAUCCAGAGGGACGAGCUGGAGCCGGGGAUGGGUGCAGGGACAGGGGUGGCCCGCGGGGCCGUGGCCGGGCUCCUGGUCGUGGCCGUGGCCGUGGCGGCCGUCGUGGUCCUGUCCCUGCUGGUGGCCCGGAGGCGGCGGCCUUACGGGGCCAUCAGCCACGGGGUUGUGGAGGUGGACCCAAUGCUGAGCCUGGAGGAGCAGCAGCUCCGAGAGCUGCAGAGACACGGGUAUGAGAACCCGACCUACCGGUUCCUGGAGGAGCGACCCUGAGCCUCAGCCCCUGAGCUCCAAACCCUACCCCUGAGGGAUCCCAAGCCCCCAACUUCUGACCCUGAAGGAUCCCCAAGCCCCCAAUUCCUGUCUUUGGGGGACCCUUAUACCCCAACUUCCAACCCCAGGGGCCCUGAAACUCCUGCUCUCUGACCUUAGAGGCCCCUAGGCCCAUGGCUACCCAAUCUCCUCCCCUAAUUUAUUUUCUAAGUUAAUUGGGUGCAGAAAAACUGCCCCCUCCACCCAGGGCCCUCCCCCCCACCUUGUGACCCAGUGAAACUAAUGUCUCAAUAAACCUUCCCUAUCCAAUA